AUGUUAUUUUCGCUUUUUUCGUGUAUUUUCUUAUCAUUAUCUAUAUAUCCAUUUUCUGUUUUGUUUCAUCCUCACUUUUCUUCGUUCCUUCGUCUGUUAUCUUUUUUUUUCUUUUCUUUUUCCUUUUAUUCUCUUUACUUUCAUUUGCUUUUCCUCGAUUAUAUUGUUUUGCUUCGCUUACGUUUUGCUUCGUUGACGUUUUGCUUCGUUGACUUCACUCCUUCGCAUAGAAAAGCCUUCUUAUACUUUUUGCUUACUCGAUCUUUUGUCAUAUUUGAAUUUUCUUUCUAUUUCUCAACUCUUUCCUUCACAAAGGCAUCGAACUCUCUUAUUUCGUUAUGUUCACUCGCAGAAAAAAAUACUCAACAGUCUGCCGCUUUUUCUGCAGGCGGUUCAAUAUCCCUCUUUCAUUCUUACCAAGUGCAGCAAUAUGGUGUCUUUGAUUCACUUAAGAGCAAACGUUUUACUUCCAUGAAUUUCGUUUUUUGUUCCUUUGUUGGAAACUGGUUUUCCGUUGUUUCUAUCUUUUUUUUAAAAGUCAUCGGCCUGAAGACCUCUGAAGCGACAUCGUCAAAACUGAAAAUAGAUCAUUACAAGGGAAAACUGAGUAUAUCUAUCGUUUCCAAAACUAUAAUUUCUAUCUAUCUAUCUAUCUAUCUAUCUAUCUAUCUAUCUAUCUAUGUCAGUUCAUAUAAAGCUAUUAAUUUGUGUUCAUUAUCUAUCUAA